AUGUCCACCCUUGAAGAGCUCGAUGACCUCGAUCGUCGGGACCAGGAUGACAAGAAGAGAGAUGACCGCAAGGACAAGGACAGCAAGAAGAACAAGGAUGGAGACGAGGAGAUGAAGGAAGCUGAUGAGGAGGACGACGUUCUCGACGAGGAGAUUCUGAGCCUCAGCACACAGGACAUCCAGACGAGGAAGCGGCUACUCGAAAACGACUCUAGAAUUAUGAAGAGUGAGCUCUCCCGGUUAUCACACGAGAAGGCAGCUAUGGGGGAGAAGAUCAAAGACAAUAUGGACAAGAUUGCCAACAACAGACAACUACCCUACCUGGUCGGUAACGUUGUUGAACUCCUCGAUCUCGACCCCACUGCCGAAUCAUCGGAGGAAGGUGCAAAUAUCGACCUGGAUGCUACGAGAGUGGGCAAAUCGGCCGUGAUCAAGACAUCAACGCGACAGACUAUCUUUCUGCCCUUGAUCGGCUUGGUCGAUUCUGAUAAGCUCAAGCCCGGCGAUCUGAUUGGUGUCAACAAGGAUUCUUAUUUGAUUCUGGACACCCUGCCCGCCGAGUACGACAGCAGAGUGAAGGCGAUGGAGGUCGACGAGAAGCCCACAGAACAGUACGGCGAUGUGGGUGGCCUGGAUAAGCAAAUCGAGGAGCUGGUUGAAGCUAUUGUGUGGCCCAUGAAGGAAGCUGAACGCUUCAAGAAGAUUGGAAUCAAGGCACCAAAGGGCGCCCUGAUGUACGGCCCCCCCGGUACCGGAAAGACCCUCCUCGCGAGAGCUUGCGCAGCACAAACGGACGCUACUUUCCUCAAGCUGGCAGGUCCACAACUGGUGCAGAUGUUCAUCGGUGACGGUGCCAAGUUGGUUCGAGACUGCUUCGCCCUCGCAAAGGAGAAGGCGCCGGCAAUCAUCUUCAUCGACGAGUUGGAUGCCGUUGGUACCAAACGUUUCGACAGUGAAAAGAGUGGUGACCGAGAAGUCCAGCGUACCAUGUUGGAGCUGCUUAACCAACUAGACGGUUUCGCCUCGGACGACCGAAUCAAGGUCCUCGCCGCCACCAACCGUGUCGAUGUCCUCGACCCUGCCCUCCUCCGUUCUGGUCGUCUGGACCGCAAGAUCGAGUUUCCCCUACCAAACGAGGAGGCACGUGCACAGAUUCUCAAGAUCCACUCGCGUAAGAUGAAGCUCGUUGAUGGAGUCAACUGGGGUGAAUUGGCCCGCAGCACAGACGAAUUCGGUGGUGCUAUGCUCAAGGCCGUCUGCGUCGAAGCUGGUAUGAUUGCUCUACGGUCCGGAAAGAACAAGAUUGGCCACGAGCACUACGUCGACGCAAUCGCAGAAGUGCAGGCCAAGAAGAAAGACACCGUCAACUUUUACGCUUAA